UUCCUUGCUUGCUCACAAAAGAGAAAAGAGAAAGAAGAGAAGAGAAAGAGAAGAAGAAGAAGAAGAAGUAUUUACAGUUUAGCCCUCCCCUCCAAGAAAACCCUAGCUAGCUAUCGGAACUCGGAAGAGAAGCGAAGAGGAGGAGCAGAGGUCUCGACCUGGAUCUGACGCGCCACCUCUCGCCGCCGGCUGCCUUCAGCCUUCUCCUCCUUCUUGGCCUCCUCGGCGGCGCCCUACACUAUAUGCUUACCCGCAAGCGGGAGGAGCUCGCCGACGACGUCGACGACUUGCAGAAGAAGACCCGCGCCGACGCCAAGGACAACCACGACAUGACCACCGGGAGAACCCCCGAGAUCGAUGAGGACCUCCACAGCCGCCAGCUCGCCGUCUAUGGCCGCGAGACCAUGAAGCGCCUCUUCGCUUCCAACGUCCUCGUCUCUGGCCUCAACGGACUCGGCGCCGAGAUCGCAAAGAACCUUGUCCUUGCGGGAGUCAAGUCCGUAACCUUGCAUGAUGAUGAUAAAGUGGAUCUAUGGGACUUAUCAAGCAACUUCUUCCUAUCAGAAAAGGAUGUUGGUCAAAACCGGGCUCAAGCCUGUAUUCAGAAGCUACAAGAGCUCAAUAAUGCUGUUAUUAUCUCUACUAUAACUGGUGAUUUGACUAAAGAGCAACUUUCUAAUUUUCAGGCUGUGGUCUUUACUGAAAUCAGCUUAGAGAAAGCAGUUGAGUUUGACAGUUACUGCCACAACCAUCAGCCACCAAUUGCUUUCAUUAAGUCAGAAAUUCGUGGCCUUUUUGGCAGUGUCUUCUGUGACUUUGGUCCUGAGUUCACUGUAUUGGAUGUUGAUGGAGAGGAGCCACAUACAGGAAUAGUAGCAUCGAUCAGCAAUGACAACCCUGCGCUUGUUUCCUGUGUUGAUGAUGAGCGUCUGGAGUUCCAGGAUGGUGAUUUAGUUGUGUUCUCAGAAGUCCAUGGAAUGACUGAACUAAAUGAUGGGAAACCAAGAAAGAUUAAGAAUGCUAGGCCAUAUUCUUUUACUCUAGAAGAAGACACUAGCUCAUAUGGGACAUAUGUUAGAGGUGGUAUCGUUACUCAGGUCAAGCCACCAAAGGUUCUUAAAUUCAAACCUUUGAAAGAGGCCAUUAAGGAACCAGGGGAGUUUCUCAUGAGCGAUUUCUCCAAGUUAGACCGUCCACCACUUUUGCAUUUGGCUUUUCAAGCUUUGGAUAAGUUUAAGAGUGACCUGAAACGAUUCCCUAUUGCUGGGUCCACUGAUGAUGCACAAAAGCUGAUAGAUUUUGCUGUUAGCAUUAAUGAGACUCUGGGUGAUAGCAAACUUGAAGAGCUUGACAAAAAGCUUCUGCACCAUUUUGCAAGUGGUUCCAGGGCUGUUCUGAACCCUAUGGCUGCAAUGUUUGGUGGCAUUGUAGGUCAGGAAGUUGUGAAAGCAUGCUCAGGGAAAUUCCAUCCGCUUUACCAAUUCUUCUAUUUUGAUUCUGUUGAAUCUCUCCCUGUUGAACCGUUGGAGCCGGGCGAGUUGAAGCCAGAGAAUACUAGAUACGAUGCACAAAUCAGUGUUUUUGGAUCUAAGCUUCAAAGGAAGCUUGAGCAGGCGAAAAUAUUUAUGGUUGGUUCUGGGGCACUUGGAUGUGAAUUCUUGAAGAACCUUGCACUGAUGGGCAUUUCUUGCAGUGAGAAUGGAAAGCUGACUGUGACAGAUGAUGAUGUUAUUGAAAAGAGCAACCUCAGUCGCCAGUUUCUCUUCCGUGACUGGAACAUUGGGCAGCCUAAGUCCACAGUUGCUGCUACUGCUGCUAUGGCAAUCAAUCCUAAGCUUCAUGUUGAGGUCCUUCAGAACAGAGCAAGUCCUGAGACUGAAAACGUAUUCAAUGAUGCCUUUUGGGAGGGCCUGGAUGCUGUUGUCAAUGCCCUGGACAAUGUGACUGCAAGAAUGUACAUUGAUUCCCGAUGUGUAUAUUUCCAGAAGGCGCUUCUGGAAUCUGGGACUCUAGGUGCUAAAUGUAACACACAGAUGGUCAUUCCUCACCUAACAGAGAACUAUGGGGCAUCCAGAGAUCCACCUGAAAAGCAGGCGCCAAUGUGUACCGUACAUUCAUUUCCUCAUAAUAUUGAUCAUUGCCUAACCUGGGCUAGGUCUGAGUUUGAGGGUUUACUUGAGAAGACCCCCACUGAAGUAAAUGCUUUCCUGUCAAAUCCUAGCGGAUAUGCAACUGCAGCAAGAACUGCUGGUGAUGCACAAGCUAGGGAUCAGCUUGAGCGUGUUAUUGAAUGCCUCGAGAGAGAGAAGUGUGAGACGUUUCAAGAUUGCAUUACCUGGGCACGUCUUAAGUUUGAGGAUUAUUUCUCCAACCGUGUGAAGCAACUGACAUUCACCUUCCCUGAAGAUGCAAUGACCAGCUCUGGUGCUCCUUUCUGGUCUGCUCCAAAGCGGUUCCCACGACCGCUGGAAUUCUCGACGUCUGAUCCAAGUCAGCUUAACUUUAUUGUGGCUGCUGCAAUUUUAAGGGCAGAGACAUUUGGAAUACCAAUACCUGACUGGACCAAAAGCCCAGCGAAGUUGGCUGAAGCUGUUGACAAGGUGAUUGUUCCUGAUUUCGAACCAAAACAGGGGGUUAAGAUAGUUACAGAUGAGAAGGCUACUAGCCUAUCCUCUGCAUCUGUUGAUGAUGCCGCUGUCAUUGAGGAACUUGUUGCAAAGUUAGAAGCAAUUUCCAAGACACUGCCCCCAGGAUUCCACAUGAAACCAAUACAGUUUGAGAAGGAUGAUGACACCAAUUACCAUAUGGACGUGAUAGCUGGUUUUGCUAACAUGCGGGCAAGGAACUACAGCAUUCCUGAAGUGGACAAGCUGAAGGCCAAGUUUAUAGCUGGCAGGAUCAUUCCUGCCAUAGCCACCUCAACUGCGAUGGCUACCGGACUUGUCUGCUUGGAACUGUACAAAGUACUCGCUGGUGGGCACAAGGUUGAAGACUACAGGAACACAUUUGCAAACCUUGCCAUCCCCCUAUUCUCCAUGGCUGAGCCGGUCCCACCCAAGACCAUCAAGCACCAGGACAUGGCCUGGACUGUCUGGGACCGCUGGACCAUAACUGGCAACAUCACGCUGAGGGAGCUCCUGGACUGGCUCAAGGAGAAGGGCCUCAAUGCGUACAGCAUAUCCUGCGGCACCUCGCUGCUGUACAACUCCAUGUUCCCAAGGCACAAGGAGCGGCUGGACAAGAAGGUGGUGGAUGUGGCGAGGGAGGUGGCCAAGGUGGAGGUGCCCCUGUACCGUCGCCAUCUCGACGUUGUGGUGGCCUGUGAGGACGACGAUGACAAUGACGUUGACAUCCCACUGGUAUCAAUUUACUUCCGGUGAACCCCGUUGACCUGUGUUUGGUCGUAUCAGAGAAACAAUGUAUAAGUUGGUUGCACCUGUGCCUGUAAACCAAGUGGGGUUUAAGCCACAUUACUGAUUUUCUUUGCUACCUUCUUCAUAGAGCUCCUUGAGAUGAAGCUUGAUACGACACCGUAUUGAUAAUUGAUGCAUGAGCCUACCAUGUCAUGUUUGCGAUGGAACAA